UGGACACUGAAGUCGAUUUAUUACAUUGCGUUGCGUUGGUUGAGCUUCCCGGCUGUGCGAUAAGAACAGCAGUGAAAACUGUUUUUCAUUUUAGAGAGUGGAACAAUCUGUGACAGCAGUUCUAAAAGAUAGAACAGUACUAAGAAUGGCUCUUAAUACCACAUGCAGAGGACUGUUAAAUAAGGGAGUGAAAUAUUUACAAACUGGUUUAAAUUUGGAAGAAGAAGGAAAUAUGAAAUCAGCUAUUAUGGCAUACAUGGAAGGAAUUCCACUUUUAAUUCAAGGGUGCUAAGACAGACCCACUACCUUCCCGUAUUCAAGAUCUUCUGAUGGCAAAAGGUAAACUGUAUCUAAAGAGGGUUGAGGCGAUCCGCAAUCACCUUGAAAAAGGAGAUGCUGUCCCACCACCAAUAUUUGUCAACAAAGAAGAAACGUCUUUUCAAAAUCUUGAUGAAAGCUCAAGAGAAAUGAUUAAAAUAUACCGUCAACUUCCAGAGUACACUCCAACUUUGAAUAACUUUCAUGGCCUUCCACAGAGUAAAGAGUUCUUAGAAGAAAAUAUCAUCUUACCUCUUAAAUUUCCUGGAUAUUUUGAUAAUCCUCGUAGAAUUCGACGGGGAGUUUUGUUUUUUGGACUUCCAGGUACUGGGAAGACACAUCUCUUGAGAGCCAUAGAGUCUUCCAUUUCUUGUUCUUUUUUACACUUUAGUAUGUCGGACUUUCUUUCUAAAUAUGUAGAUCCAGAAACACAUACACAGCGAUUGAAAGAUGCAUUUGAAUGGACCAGGAAAAACUACCCUUGUAUUCUAGUGCUUGAUGACUUGGAUGUUCUGUGUGAACCUAACUCUCUUAAAGAUCCCAACAGCAUUGCUAGUCUCAUCAAAAGUGAGCUGGUAAACCAGCUGCAGAAUCCUUCACCACAGCAACCAGUCAUACUUGCUGCUGCCCAGAAACCUUGGUACCUCACAGGAACGCUGCGUCGACGAUUUGAUCGGAGGAUAUUCUGUACGCUUCCUGAUGCCAAAGAUCGCACACGAAUCUUUGCUCAGAAUCUGGCUGGAGCCAAACAUACUCUCACUGAGGAAGAGUUACAAUCUGUUGGCUUGAAGACAGAAAACUUCACUGGUGCGGAUAUUAUUUGCUUAGCUAGACAGUGUGUGAUGGCAUCAUUGCAAGCCCUGCAGGUGGCAACCCACUUUGUAAAAGUAUCUGUGAGCAAGAAUGUGGAUGGUCAGCAUGUAAGUCAAGAUAUGUUGACCCCUUGUUCACCUGAUGAGCCUGAGGCCAUAAAGAUAAAUUUGGAGUUCUUAAAUAUUGAAAGAGUAUUGGAACCUGCAGUAGUGUUUCAGGAUGUGGAGAGAGCAUUGAGCAAAGCUUCAGCUAGCUGCUUAGAGGAAGAGAGAAAAAGGAUGGAUAAAUGGGCUGAAGAGUUUGGCCAAGAUGAGUAAAUAACUACGUAUUGAGGUUCAGCUUAAACUUUCUGUCUUUCAGACUCGUGUUUAGUUUGUCCCCUUUUCCAGAAUUUGAGUUUAGACAUGAUUUAAUGUGAAGCAAAUGACCUCUCAAAGGAUUUUUGUCAUAGGCCACAGUUGUCAUCCAGUGAUAAAGAUUCUGCUUCUGUAAUUACUCAGGCCUUGCCAUUUAACCUUUUGCCACAGCUCACUGAGUUCUGUCUGUAGACAUAAUUUCAUAGUGACUAAUGUUCUCCACUACCAACACCACCCACAGGGGAGAAAGACUUUAAUAUUUAUUUUAAAGCAAUCAUUUAAGUUGCUUCCCUUGAACAAUUCUGUACUCCACUCUGGUAUUGGUAGUAUGAACUGUCUUUAAUGUGGAAUUUUUUCCCAAAGAUUUCUUUCAAAGUUAUUAUAUACUAUAUUUUUGUGAAAUCUUUGAGUAAAUUUAGCUGGUUAUUAUAUGGUGCAUGCAAUAUUUACUGGGCACUGCUUUGGUUGUUUGCACAUAAAGUUUGAAAAGAAGUGUUCAUUUUAUGGCUUGCAAUAGAUAAUGUUAGUGCCAUCAAAAGAGAAAUGAAUCAGAAGUAUUAGACAAAAUAAAAGAGGAGAGGUUUUGAA